UGACCCUCACCUUCCCUCGUGUGUGUCUGCGCAUGAAGCGUGUUAGUGUUGUGGUGUCUGAGCUGAGUCUCUGAGCUGUUGGAGUAACAAUGCUUUCAGUUCAGUAUCUGAGAGAGUUUAUCAACGAGCGGCUAACUGCUGCUGCUGAAGAAAUAUUCACAGAGUUUGAAAAAACCAUCGUCCAGUACGAGGAAGAGAUCGAGCUUCAGCGCAGACUGCUGGAUAUCACCUGGAAACCCGAAAUAAAGCUGCACAGGACAGCUUCAGAACUUAGACAGAGUCUUUGCAGUAAGGAGGAGGAGGCUCUCCCUGAGCAGAAGCUCUGGAAACAGGAGAGGAGCUCCAGUCUGGACCAGGAGGAACCAGAACCUCCACAGAUUAAAGAGGAAGAGGAGGAACUCUGCAGCAGUCUGGAGGGAGAGCAGCUGGUACUGAAGGAGGAGACUGACACCUUUAUGGUGUAUGCUGCUCCUUAUGUGGAAAGAGGCCCCAAUGAGCAGCUCCUCAGUGAGAACUCUCCUGAAAGUAGGAGUAGAGAUCAGGGAGGGAGCGAGGAUGGAGACUCAGACCUCCCACAGCAUCAUGAUGUUGAGGAGGAGGAGGAGGAGGAGGAUCUCCCUGAGCAGCAGCUCUGGAACCAGGAGAGGAUCUCCAGUCUGGACCAGGAGGAACCAGAACCUCCACAGAUUAAAGAGGAAGAGGAGAAACUCUGCAGCAGUCUGGAGGGAGAGCAGCUUGCACUGAAGGAGGAGACUGAUACCUUUAUGUUGACUGCUGCUUAUAAGGAAAGAGACCACAGUGAACCAGAAUCAGACAGGGAGCAGCUCCUUUCUUAUAGCUUUGCUGACACCAACGGCAGAGAUCAGCGAGCAAACAAGUAUGAAGACUCGGCAUCAACUGGAACUGCAGAGCAAAAGCCAAAGAAGAGAAAUCAGAAAGAACUCCCACAGCAGCAUGUCUGUAAGGAGGAGGAGGAGGUUCUCCCUGAGCAGCAGCUCUGGAACCAGGAGGUCCAGUCAAGUCGGGACCAGGAGGAACCAGAACCUCCACAGAAUAAAGAGGAACAAGAGGAACUCUGCAGCAGUCAGGAGGGAGAGCAGCAUGCACUGAAGGAGAAGACUGAUACCUUUAUGGUGUUUGCUGCGGAUGAAAGAGGCCACAGUGAACCAGAAUCAGACAGGGAACAGCUCCCCUCUCACAGCUCUCCUGAAACUGAGAGCACACUUGAAAAAUCCAGCAAUAAUGAAGAUUCAGAGUUAACUGAAAAUGUGGAGUCAAUACCAAAGAAGAGACGGAGAACUCACACUGAUGUAGACAGCUCACCUGCUUCAGAAAGCCAGAGUAAUGCUGGCACAGGUAGAAAGUCUGACGUUAUCAAGAAUCAGUUCCGAACAAAAAAACACCACACUGCUACGACUUUACGUGCUUGCACAACAUGUGGGAAAGAAUUUAGCAGUGGUUAUUUGUCUGUCCACAUGAGAAUUCACACAGGUGAGAAACCAUAUUCUUGUAAAACUUGUGGGAAGCGCUUCAAUCAAAGCAGUACUCUGCAUAGCCACAUGAGAACCCACACAGGUGAGAAACCAUAUUCUUGUGAUAUAUGUGGAAAGCGUUUCUCUCAAAGUGCUUCUUUGUAUCUCCAUAAACCAGUUCACGCAGUCAAGAAGCCGUAUUCUUGUGAUGUAUGUGGGAAAGGUUUCAGUAAUAAAAAUUAUUUGCCUGACCACAUGCGUGUUCACACAGGUGAGAAACCAUAUGCUUGUGAAAUAUGUGGGAAAGUUUUCGCUCACUGCUCUACUUUUAACCUCCACAGGAGAACCCACACAGAUGGGAAGCCAUGUUGUGAAAUAUGUGGGAAAGCAUAUGCUGACAGGCAAAAUUUGAAACGCCAUUUGUUGACGCACUCGAGCGAGAAACUAUUUUCGUGUGAAACAUGUGGAGCAAAAUUUGCUAAACAGCAAAAGCUGAAGUGCCACAAGAAAACCCACACAGGUGAAGGGCCGUUAUUCAUGUAAAAAAAAUGUGGGACAAGGUUCAAACAAAGCAAUCAUUUUUUUCUCCACAUGCAAACUGAAAUAUGUGAGAAGCUGAAUUCUUCUGAAAUACACGAAGUGUCUGAGUCAAAGAAAUAAUUUGUCUUCAUGAGAAUCUGUGAAAGAAAGUUUGAGGAACAAACAUCUUUAUUCUUAUGAAGUUGGUCACUCAUAUUUAUGGGUUAAUGUCUCCAAUCUUUUUUUUAAUUCUAUAAAUGUGUUUCUGAAGAAUAUUUGUAGAUGUAAAAAAGCCUGCGAGUAAGGGCGGGUGAAGGUGCUCCUUUGCAGAUUAACAAAUCUUUGUGUUUCCCAUCACUUCCAUUUACUUUUGUUCAAACAUGCAAAAUUGGCUGUAAAAUAUUUUCUGCUGUAUUCCUGUUUGGUCACAGUUUUUUUUUUUUUUUUUGGAGACUUUGACUGAGAAUCCCUCCAGUUCGUUCUGCCAGCUUUUUAAUGAUUUGUUUAGAGCAUACUGUUUCUUUUGAUGCAUUCAUGUAUUUGGUGACUUCAUCAGCUUUUAUUGUCUCAGAAUUUAGAGGUGAUCCUAACAAACUGCAGAUG